AGGUACGUUAUUUUUAUGGAAGCAAUUGACAAGUGUAAAGUCGGGUUGACAUCAGUGUUUGGUAGAGUACAGUCGCGUACGAUGGCUGCGUUAGAUCAUCUCAGUGAGAGAGAUAAGGCUGUGUUAAGGAGUAUCUUUGAUCCGACGGCGACUAUAGCUGCUGAUGUCGUGGAAGAUGUGGGCGAUCAGUUCCUUGAAGAUGAAGAAGAACCGACAACCGAAGCAUACAAGGAGUCUAUAACUCUAUGCGCCGAAGGAGUCAGGUUAGCAGAGGCUGGUAAACUGGAGCAAGCUCUAGAGAUGAUGACGAGGGGUGUGCAAGCGGCACCCGAUAGGGCAGCCGGGUACAACGACAGGGCACAGCUGUUGAGGAUGAUGAAGAAGGAUGAUGAUGCAAUGACCGAUCUCGACCGUGCUCUGGAACUGACAGCAGGCAAGCAGUCUCGCGCACGCGCACUGGCGCUCUGUCAGCGCGGCGUGCUUCUGCGCAAGCGAGGGAACGAUGACGACGCAAGAGUUGUCUUCAGUGAGGCUGCUAAAUUAGGCAGCAGCUUUGCUAAAAAACAGGUGGUAGAACUGAAUCCGUAUGCAGCUCUGUGCAACCAAAUGUUGAGUCAAGUGAUGCGAGGUGAAACCGAGAUCAAGUUAUAAUUUUAAUGUUUAAUCAUAUUUAGGAUAAGGAAAACUUGCAAAUAAAACACAAAUAAAAUCUAAUGGAUUAGAAAUUUAUAUUGUUGAGUACAAUCGACAUUCACCUUCGAGAAAAUCCAUACAAACAACCAGAGAUCCCAGUCACAGAUCUACCGAGAGACAUUCGCGCGUGGCUUAUGUCCCCCGCACGUGGCUACACGCCCCUACAAGUGGCUACACUCCCCCGCACAUGGCUACAUGCCCCAAAAUCCUUGAAAAUGACAAAUGUAAUACUACAAAUCGAAAUACUUUUACUACACUAUCGAUAUUAAUCAUAGAAUAUGCAAUAAAAUCUCAUAAACCAUGAUGGCGUGCGAACACACAGAUGUCACUGCAGCUUUGUUCGCACACGACCAUGUUUUAUCAUCGCAAAUAUUGGUUAAAAUUCAAAAUUUUAAUAAUAAUUAUUAUUUAAUCCUAGUGAGAGGCGAUGACGGUAGACUAACUGAAAUUGAAAGUGCACUUUACAUAUUUUUAAUAGGUCUCUUCAAACAUGGCGUUUACGCUCGAUUUCGCGCGUUUUCCGCCAUAGACUACAUAGACAUUCGCGCCAAUUUGAAUAGACCGCUAAAACGUACUUUGAAGAGUUGCUUAGAUUUUAGUCAUAACUAAAAUGGAUAAAACAUUUUUGGCACAUGGUUUCUUAAAAUAAAUAAUGAAGAAUUAUGUGAGAUGUCAAUUGUUAUUUCUUAUUAAGUAUAAUAUUAAUAAAUGGUCAGUUCUAAACAACUCUCCCUCGCAGCUUGUGAAAGGAUGAUAUAUCACAGAAAUAGUUGCAGUGUAGUUUAAAAAUUCAUUGAAGCCUUGCAAUAAUAGUUAAUGUAACAAUAUAAACAGUUCUUGUAUAACAUUAUUCGAAAUGAUUUAUUAAUAAUUUCAGCAUUGUUUAAAGUUUAAUAAGUUAAAAGCCUGAACAGUGUGGCAGUAUAAGAAUGUCUAUUGACUUUAAGACUAAACUUUAAACAACGAUUACAAUAUUAUAUGGAAAAACAA